UUCUUUCUUUCUCUCUCUUUGGGAAAUAGCAGCAGCAGCAGCAUUGGUAACAACAGAUGGACCCAGAUUUCUGGUGUAGACAGUACCGAGUUUGGAGAAACGCCAGCAGGACGACGGCAGGACUCGUUCUGACGGUAACGGCUCCGACGAUAAGCGCCGGAAGUUUAGGAGUGUUGUUCUUGAGGUGAUGACCAUGAGAAGAGUCCAGCUUUACAUGGAGCCAGUUCUGGAGCCUUUGAUUCGAAGAGUGGUGAAGGAAGAAGUUGAUUUGGCUUUAAGAAAGUAUUUGACCAGUAUGAAAUGGAGCUACGGAAAAGAAGCACACCUUUCCGAAUCAAGAACCUUACAGCUCCGUUUUCUAAACAACAUAUCUCUUCCAGUUUUCACUGGUACACGCAUCGAAGGAGAAGACUCAACCUCUUUAAAAGUUGCCUUAGUUGAUGCUCUAACUGAGCAGGUUGUUUAUUCAGACCCUGAAUCCUCCGCAAAGGUAGAGAUUGUUGUUCUGGAGGGAGACUUUGAUAGCGAUGAAAUAGGUACUUGGAGUCUUGAUGAAUUCAAGAACAACAUUGUUAGAGAAAGGGAAGGUAAAAAGCCUCUUCUUACUGGAGACGCAUUAGUGUACCUAAAAGAAGGCAUCGGUUAUGUUGGGGAGAUAUCUUUUACCGACAACUCAAGUUGGACUAGGAGUCGCAAGUUUAGACUUGGUGCGAGAAUCGUGGAUAACCGCGAAGGAAUCAGAGUCAGAGAAGCCAAGACUGAGUCUUUUAUAGUCAGAGACCAUCGUGGAGAAUUGUACAAGAAGCAUCACCCUCCAGCCAUGCAUGAUGAAGUAUGGAGGCUAGAAAAAAUUGGUAAGGAUGGAGCUUUUCAUAAGAGGUUAAGCAGAGAAAAAGUAAAUACCGUGAAAGACUUCUUAACUCUCCUUGUUUUGGAUCCUGCAAGACUCAGAAACAUUCUUGGUUCGGGCAUGUCUGCUAAAAUGUGGGAAGUUACGAUAGAACAUGCAAGAACAUGUGUGCUGGAUCCAAGGUUGUAUCUUUACCCACCUCCUAGUUCACCUCAGAAGCCUGGAGUUGUGUUUAACAUCGUUGGACAAGUAACCGGACUAAUUUCAGAAUGCGGUUAUACACAUCUGGAUAAGCUAUCUGAUGCUGAAAAGGUGGAUGCACAUUACAUGAUAAUAUCUGCAUUUAAGCACUGGGGGGACGUGGUUCUUUUCGAGAACAGCAGCAACAACAAUGAUGUUACUCUCGAUGGUUCUACGAGUAUGUCUGAUGUUUCAUUUCCACUCCACCAGAAUUCAUCAGCUAUGGCAGAAAGUUGUAAUAUUGGUGGUGGUAAAAUGUUAUCGUCUCCAACUCCUCAUCCUCCUCCUCAUCAUGAAAUGGUAGUGGAUGAUGGAUAUGAAUGUCCACAACCUAGUUUAUGCUCGCCGGAUAUAAUGCCAUCUUUCUUCCCUUUAGCUGAUAUGCCAAACUUUGAUGAUUUUGGGUUCAGUGACCUCGAUCAAAUGGAUCUUCGAUACGACGAGCCAUUAAGCUGUUAUAACCCGGUUGGUGUUGGUGUUGGUGGGAAUAAUAUUCAAGUUUCUCAAGGGUUUUGCGAUAACGAUCAUCUUCAGUAUCUGAAUUCGAAUUGCGCACUUCUUCAACAAGUAGUCCAGGCUGAUCAGAGCUCGAAUUCAGAAUCGCAGGCUGACCUACACAAUGCGGUUAAUAGUUUUCUGGUUGCACGUUCUACUGCCUUUGCUCAUAGGAGAUGGAAGAUGUUAUUUUGCGCCAUGAGAUUGCUAUCGAUAAGGAGGUUAGUUUCGAAGAGGAGAUCAUCAGGAAAUAUGAAGGAUAAAAAUAUUAGAUAUUGCUGAUCGAGCUCUGACCUGACCUGACCUGAGAUUAAUAAAAUGAUGAGAUGGAGAUGAGAACAUGCAGGAGAUGGAUAUAUAUAUCCUUCAAUUGCAUACUAAAAUAAUGAUGAUAAUAAUAAUAAUAUGUGCAGAAGUUAAUAAUAGAUGAGAUAAUAAACUAGUCAGGAGUUUUUAUUACAAUGUGCAGCAAGCAGCAGCAGGUUUAAUUCGUUUUGAAUCAUGUGUAAAAUGGCCCUAAUUUCUUAUUGACGGACCUUCAAAAUGAAAUGAAAUAAAAUAAUAAUAUGCAUGGUGCAUGCUUUUCAA